AUGUGUGACUUCAGAGAGGAUGAGACUGCUGAGUUCAAGGAGUCCUUCCAGCUGUUUGACCACACAGGAGAUGGAAAAAUCUUAUACAGCCAGUGUGGGGAUAUGAUCCAGACCCUGGGCCAGAACCCCACCAAUGCUGAGGUGCUCAAGGUCUUAGGGCAUCCCAAGAGUGACGAGAUGAAUGUUAAGGUCCUGGACUUUGAACAUUUUCUGCCAAUGCUGCAGACUGUAGCAAAGAAUAAGAACCAGGGCACAUAUGAAGACUACAUAAAGGGGCUUCUGGUGUUUGAUAAGAAAGGGAGGAGCAGCUAG